UACAUUCCUCGAUGGCAGUAUUACAUGAAUAAAUUGUCACCAAUAGAACUAGUCAAAUCUGGAUUUCACAUUGGUUCAACUAUGCUGUUUGGAGGAGAUGACAGUGAUGAUGAUGAUGAUGUUGAUGUAAAAAAUGAUGAUGCUGAAAAUGAUAAUUYGGAUGGAGAUAURAAUGUUGAUACAGAUAGUGGUGCUACGAAUAAUGAUAAGAAUAUUGAAAAAGAGCCAGAAUYAUUAUCAAAAGAUGGCGAAAAGAAAAAGGACAAUAAUGACAAAAAAGAUAAACAGAAAGACAGUACGGAUGUUGGCGACCCGRAAAAUUCUAAAAGCUAUACAGGAAUGGUCGACAAUGUGUUGAAAAGUGACACUGUAGAAAAGGCCAAAAACAUAUUGCAAAGUGACGCUGCCAAAGAAACUGCAAAAUCUUUAGUCAGUAUGUUUGUACCUGGAGGACCAACGAUUAUUGCUUUAGCGGAUGCUGCUUCAAAAUAUCAAAGUGCGGAUGGCGCAGUUGAUAAAGUGGGAGAUAAAUUACCUAUUUGAAAUAAUAGUCUAUUUCAUUAUGAAAUUAAAUUAAAAUUUUGAAAAUCAUUCAUUUAGAUGUUGAUGUUAAUUGAUAAUUCACCAACUUGAAUAUGUUGUUAUGUUAGACAAUAAAUAAAAUUGGUGUAACUUU